AUGGAGUCUCUUGUAAUAAACCUUCUUCUAUUAUUAUUCUUAACGCCAUGCUAUAUAGCUUUUUCGUCAUCAUCAUCAUCAUCAAAAAAUGGCCAGUUUCAUUAUACACAUAACAAACAACAAUUGAAUACGUUAUAUAACAAACCAAUACAAUCCAUCCAAGAAUAUAGUCGUCCAUUACAAAUGCCGGGUGGUAACUUUUUAAAUAAGUUGGGUAUUAAUCAUCGGGGACAAGUAGCUACUUAUGAAGAUGGUCAACGAUUUUUGGUACAUAAAGGAAAAAAUUUUGGAAAAAAUUCACAAACAGUAACUGUUGACGCACGAUAUAUGUCAAACAAUUGGUCACCACGUGGAUCACCUGUAAAUGUUCAUCAUGAAAAGUCUGUGAAUUUAGGUGAUUUAGUCAAGAGUGGUGGUGCCCAUUAUAGUCCUAUCUGCGAUAAUUGCAUACACGGCUCACAACGAAUGCAAGAACGCUUUCGAAACGGAAAAUAA